GAUCCUCUUCUAAGAUGAUAUCCUCAUUCACACAUCUGGCACCUGGACUGGGAUGUUUGAAGGACAGGCUCCGCUGGAACUGUCAACUAGAGCUGUCAACAUGCCCUUUCAAGAUGGCAGCCUUGAGACUCAAAGAUGAGUGUUCCUAGUAAACUAGGGUCAUACUCAUGGCCUUUUGUGACCUAGCCACAGAAGUCACAGCAUAUCUCUUCCACUACAGUCUGUUGGUGAAAACAGCCACAAGCCUGUCCAGAUUCAAGGAGAGAGAGCCUGGAUCUCACCUAUCAAUGAGAGGAGUGUCACAGAAAUAUGGCCGUCUUUAAAAACCACUACAACAUUAUUUUAUCAGGCUGCCUAUAAAAAGGAGAGAUGACAGCUCAUACCCCAGAAGGAGGCCAGGAGUUGUGAGUUUCCAAGCCCUAGCUCACUCUGACCACUUCUCUGCCUGCCCAGCAUCAUGAAAGGCCUUGCAGCUGCCCUCGUUGUCCUCCUCUGCACCAUGGCCCUCUGCUCCUGUGCACAAGUUGGUACCAACAAAGAGUUCUGCUGCCUCGUCUAUACCUCCUGGCAGAUUCCACAAAAGUUCAUAGUUGACUAUUCUGAAACCAGCCCCCAGUGCCCCAAGCCAGGUGUCAUCCUCCUAACCAAGAGGGGCCGGCAGAUCUGUGCUGACCCCAAUAAGAAGUGGGUCCAGAAAUACAUCAGCAACCUGAAGCUGGAUGCCUGAGGGACCUGGAAGCUGUGAGGACCCGGUGACCUUGGUGGGCCCAGGAGGGAGCAGGAGCCUGAGCCAGGGCAAUGACCCUGCCACCCUGGAGGCCACCUCUUCUAAGAGUCCCAUCUGCUAUGCCCAGCCACAUUAACUAACUUUAAUCUUAGUUUAUGCAUCAUAUUUCAUUUUGAAAUUGAUUUCUAUUGUUGAACUGCAUUAUGAAAUUAGUAUUUUCUCUGACAUCUCAUGACAUUGACUUUAUCACUCUUUCCCCUUUUCCCUUCAACUCUUCGCACAUUCAAUGCGUGGAUCAAUCAGUGUGAUUAGCUUUCUCAGCAGACAUUGUGCCGUAUGUAUCAAAUGACAAAUCUUUAUGGAAUGGUUUUGCUCAGCACCACCUUUUAAUAUAUUGGCAGUACUUAUAUAAAAGGUAAACCAG